AUGAGCCACUCGGCCGUUCCCACCUCCGUGACCGACUCGGUCCUCCAGAGUUCAGAACCUGUUCCGGAAGGAUCUCAUGUUGUAAGCGGAGUGGAUUUCGAUAAGUUCCAAGGACGAGAUAUCACAGUAGCCGAGAUGGUGGACAAUAUGGCGCACACUGGUUUCCAAGGUAGUGCAGUCGCGGAGGCGGCCAGCAUCAUCAAUGAAAUGCGCGCCUUUCGUGACCCUGAGACUGGAAACAAAACUACUAUCUUUCUCGGCUUUACCUCGAACCUAAUUUCCUCCGGUCUGCGUGACACCCUGCGCUAUUUGGUGAAACACAACCAUGUGUCGGCCAUCGUGACCACGGCUGGUGGCGUGGAGGAAGAUUUGAUCAAAUGCUUGGCUCCAACUUAUCUCGGUUCCUUCUCGACCCCAGGAGCUGGUCUCCGUGCCAAGGGUCUCAACCGGAUCGGCAAUCUCCUCGUGCCCAACAACAACUACUGUGCUUUUGAGGAUUGGGUGGUGCCCAUCUUGGACAAGAUGCUGGAAGAGCAAGAGGCGGCGAAGGAGAAGGCUCGGCAGACCGGGGAUGAGGAGGAUGAACUGCACUGGACACCUAGCCUCAUCACCGAACGGCUGGGACGUGAGAUCGACCACGAGGAUUCAGUCCUGUACUGGGCGGCCCGGAACAAAAUCCCCGUGUUCUGUCCUGCCUUGACCGAUGGCUCCCUGGGCGAUAUGCUCUACUUCCACACGUUCAAGUCAUCCCCUCAACGGCUUCGAGUUGAUAUCGUAGACGAUGUGCGCCGCAUCAACACCAUGGCAGUGCGAGCCACCCGAGCGGGCAUGAUUAUUUUGGGUGGCGGCGUGGUGAAGCACCACAUCGCCAAUGCAUGCCUGAUGCGAAAUGGGGCCGAGCAUGCAGUCUAUGUAAACACGGCGCAGGAGUUCGAUGGUAGCGAUGCAGGUGCUCGGCCAGACGAAGCGGUGAGCUGGGGAAAGAUCAAGGCGAAUGCCAAAAUGGUCAAGGUUUAUGCCGAGGCCACCGCAGUGUUCCCUAUGAUCGUCGCCGCUUCAUUUGCUCGUCAAUCACAAAACUGA